UUCAGAUCCUGUAUAUAGGGGUCUACCAAGCCUUACUCUACCCAUGAAACAAGCUCCUCAUAGUCUUUUACAGCACAGUCUGUCUCUGUAUAAUCUACCACAGCCAGGGGUCUUACACAGUUCGAAACAGUCUGUCCCUCCAAAGGAGAGCCAAAACCAAAAACAAUUCAUUUGUAAAAUCUGCCUGAAAAGUUUUGAGUUUUUACAUGUGUAUAAGACCCACUUAAUGAUCCACACUGGAGAAAAACCAUUUAAAUGUGAUUUGUGCCAUAAGAUGUUCAGACAGAGUGGUACAAUGCAUAGACAUAGGAGGACACAUGAUGAGAGAGUACACAGGGAGAAAAGUCCAUUUGCAGGCUUUGGAGAUGAUACAUAGAUUAUUUUUACUAGUAUUUGAAGCUUAUCUUGUAAGAUUGAACACAUGUGUUUCCAAACCAGGCACAUUGACAUGAAACUCUAGGAGUGGUUUAUAAUAAGGAGGAUGUAUUAUGAAUAUAACAGUGACAAAUUAAGCAAAUAUUUCAUACUAUUUUGGUGAAUACCUGUUGCAUUUUCCAUGAUUCCGCAAAAUGUAUUACCCUGGCUAAAAUCAUUGAAAUAUCCUCAAGUCCUACUACAUGUAUUAUCAUACAUAAAUUAAUCUACCAUAGAUUUCCUCAAAGAGACUCGAAGCCAACAGUGUUAGAUGGUAGUGAAGUAAUGUAUACAUGUAAUAUAAGAAUUGUUAACAACCAGCAACCCAUAGGAAAUGAUG